AUGAGUAGCAGUUCGCACAGCACUCAUUCCUCCUCCAACGUUGUUGGUGUCCACUACAGAGUUGGCAAGAAGAUCGGCGAGGGAAGUUUUGGAAUCAUCUAUGAAGGCAAGUUCAUCCUUUUUUAUUUUUGCGUCGUUGCUAUCAAGUUUGAGCCGAGGAAGAGUGAUGCCCCCCAACUGCGCGAUGAGUACAGGACAUACAAGAUCUUGGCAGGCUCAACCGGUAUUCCAAAUGCAUUCUACUUUGGCCAGGAAGGCCUGCACAACAUUCUCUGCAUCGAUCUGCUGGGACCAUCUCUCGAGGACCUCUUUGAUAUGUGCGGCCGCAAGUUCACUAUCAAGACCGUCGUCAUGGUUGCCAAGCAAAUGUUGUCUCGGGUUCAAACGAUUCACGAGAAGAACCUGAUUUACCGCGAUAUCAAGCCAGACAACUUCUUGGUCGGAAAGCCUCACAGCAAACAUGCCAACCUUGUCCAUGUUGUUGACUUUGGCAUGGCCAAACAAUACCGCGACCCCAAGACGAAACAGCAUAUUCCGUACCGCGAGCGCAAGUCCCUCAGUGGAACCGCCCGCUACAUGAGCAUUAAUACCCACUUGGGUCGAGAGCAAUCCCGACGCGACGAUUUGGAGGCAAUGGGCCACGUUUUUAUGUACUUUUUGCGUGGCGGUUUGCCAUGGCAGGGUCUCAAGGCUGCGACAAACAAGCAGAAAUACGAAAAGAUUGGCGAGAAGAAGCAGUCGACACCGAUCAAAGAGCUUUGCGAAGGAUUCCCAGAAGAGUUUGGUAUCUACUUGAACUAUGUCCGCAAGCUGUCAUUCGAGGAAACGCCCGACUAUGACUUCUUGCGAGACCUGUUCACAAAGGCGCUGAAGAGCAUUGGCGAGGUUGAGGAUGGUGUCUAUGACUGGAUGCUCCUCAACAACGGCAAGGGCUGGGAGGCGGAGUUGGACGUAAGUCGUUGA